UGCAAUCUUUUUAUUUUUUGUUGUUCAAUUACUUUGCUUUUCGUUCUUUCUUUUAUAAUUUUUAACCAAUUUUAGAUUUUCUGUUAGUUUUGUAAAAAAUUGAGUGAAAAAACAAUAAAUAAGAAAAUUUUACAAAAGUUUUAAAUUGGUGUAUUGGCAUUUUAAUGCUAUAAAACAACAAAAUGUCGAAAAAUAAAUCACAUUCAAUGGCGACCGGAGAAACAAAUUUAAUCGAAGUGAAAUCAAAGUUUGAUGCCGAAUUCCGUCGCUGGAGCUUUAAACGGCAUGGCGACUUGCAAAAUUUUGAAGAUUUCUCAGCGCUUAUUGAGAAAUUGCAUAGACUGCACACAAUACAAUUCAUUAUUUUAUACAUUGACCCACGUGAUAACGAUCUGUUGCCAAUUAAUAAUGAUGACAACUUUGGUAGAGCGUUGAAAAUUGCCAGACCUUUGUUGCGCAUCAUUGUCCAACGUAAAGAUGAUUUGGAAGAGUUCCCCGGUUUUGGCACAAUGAAACCACGUAAUAAUCUAAUCAGCAGUAUACUGGGACAAACUCCUGUGAAAACAAAACUACCAACAAUAUCGAUACCGCAUGAUUUCCGUCAAGUAUCGGCUAUAAUUGAUGUUGAUAUUGUACCAGAGACACAUCGUCGUGUGCGUUUACUGAAGUAUGGUAGCGAUAAGCCAUUGGGAUUUUACAUAAGAGAUGGUACGUCUGUGCGCGUAACUGCAAACGGUUUAGAGAAACAACCUGGCAUUUUCAUAUCGCGACUCGUGCCUGGUGGUCUUGCUGAGAGCACUGGACUUUUGGCCGUCAACGAUGAGGUUAUAGAAGUGAAUGGCAUUGAAGUGGCUGGUAAAACACUGGAUCAGGUCACCGACAUGAUGGUGGCAAAUAGUUCUAAUCUAAUAAUUACGGUGAAACCGGCAAAUCAGCGUACACUUACCUCACCACGUCGCGGUUCAUUCUCACGCAACAGUCAAUUAUCGAGCGGUUCACAUCAUACCAAUCAAACUAAUACAUCGGAUGAAAAUGAACAGGAUGAGCAAGAUGAAAUCGUCGAUUUGACCGGCGUAACACUGGAUGAUCACAACAAUGUUGCUGCGCAGCCACAACAACAAUCGACGGUACCUUCACCGGCACUGAUAAUUACGUCGCAACAUCACCAAACGGCAUCAACAGCUUCAACAAUUGUCGGCGGCGGUGGUGGUGAGUCCAAAGACGGUGUACUACAUCUUUGAAUCGCAAAGUAAAGUAAUUAAAAAAAGAAAAAAGAAUGACGCAAAAAGACAAAGUUGUUAUGGCAAAGGACAAGCGUUAGCUUCAGUUCGAACAAAGCGGAAAUGCAAACAAAAAAAAACUAAAUAUUUUGCAAAAAUUUCCGAGUCUAUAAAAAUCUAAGCAAUCUUAGGCAUAACAAAAAGACACAUAUACACAUACACACAAAUUUUCAUAUGCUUCACGUUAAAUUUUAUUUCUACAUACUUAAAUAGUACUUUAUUUAAUUAUAAAUUAAUGUGUAAAGUGUUGUGUUAUGAAUGCGUUUGACGUUUACGUCGGUAUUGUUUCUCCAAAUUUAUUGUUUACAAAUUAUAUACAUACAUACAUGUACGUCAACGCAUUUUAACUGAACAUACUGUAUUAUUAGGUACAUAUACACAUUUACAUAUUUACAUAUCUGCGUAUGCAUUGUUAAUAAUUUUUAAUCAUGUUUUAUUGUAGUGGUCGUCCUGCUUAUUUUCAUAUACACAUUUACUUACAUACAGUUAAAUUUAGUGUUAAAUUGUCUGUUACGCGUACAAUGUGUUUUUUGGUAAAAAUUAAAUGCUCGUAUCUAUUCCGACAGUGUUAACAAUGCAGCUACACGGACAUUCUCACAUUCCAAGAAAAAAAAACAAGAAUUUUGUGUUUUUAUGUAAUUUGUGCAAAAACUUUUUUGUUUGCACUGUAUGUAUGAGUUUUGAUGAGUUACACGAAAUUCCAAUUUUGUUGCUGUUCCAUUAAAUUUCGAAAAAAAAACAAGUUACUUGAAGUGGUUUAAUACAUAAAAUGUAACCAAUUUAGGAAGGCAAAACAAAAAAAAAAAAUACAAAUUAAUUUAACGUCACUGCUAAUUUGAAGCCUAUACUCAAUUUACAUGUAAACGAUCAAUUGUGAUGUGUGAAAAAUGGUCACAAAAGAAGGUUAAAAAUAAUACUACUUUUUUUUACAAUUUUAAGAAGUGAAAUAUAGUGAAAAUAUGCUAAUCGGUACUAUAGUACAUCAAACGAGUUUUAAAGUAACCAAAAGUCGGUUUAUUCUGUGCGUGAGUUGUUUUGUAAGAUACUUCCAUUAAAAAAAAACUUUGCUCAAUCUUAAAAUCUAUAAAUAAAAAAAAUUCUCAAGUUUUUAGAAAUACAUUUAUGUGUAAAAUCAAAUCAAAUUUUUUUAAUUCAAAAAUAUUAAAAACUCAAUGGCCUUCAAAUUAGCUAACAUAAUUAGCAACUAGUGUAUUCAAAAAAAAAAAAAAAAUAGAAAAGAAAAAAACAAAAAACGUACUAAGCGUAAAACAUCAAUUUGCAUGUGUCUUAUAGUCUAUUAGUAAACUAAAGUACUUAUACACAAUAUACUAUACGUCCUAUAUAAAUAUAUACACAAACAUACCAGUAUAUAACAACUAAGACAGUUCAGUCCUAUUUUAUGCUCGUCCACUAGUAGUUAGUUACAUACGUACAUACAUACAUACAAAUACGACUUUUUAAACUUACCCAAAUCUAUUGCAUACCGAACUAUUGCAGUUGUCAAAUAUUUUAGCGUAAAUAGCAAACCACUCAAAAGACUUGUCGAUUUAUGCCUUCAUAGUUAAUGUUUUUUACCGCAAGAAAAACAAUUUACCUUGUUAGAUAAAAUGAAAAAUUAUGCAAAUUUCGUAAGACACACAUUUUAGAAAUAUUUAUUUAAAAUUUUGCGCUUAAAAAUUGUCGAAAGUCGAAUAAUGGUUAAACGAAAACAAAAAAAAUAUUCCUUAUGAAAUACAAACACAUUUUAUACAUACAUAAAUACACAACUAUAUAGAAUAUAGUUCUACAAAAUGCAUUUAAGCGGCAAGUGGAAUUGUAUUUUUUUUUUUGUUUAAUAAAGCCCCGUGGUGGCAACAAAUAUUGACUUGA